AUGGACGCUAAACUUUUGCGCAGAAUACAGAAGAAACGCGAGGAGUUUGCUCGCCUGCCACAUACUUCGUCUUUGAAAAGAGCUAUGCGUGAGAGCUACUUCAUGCAUAUUUAUCAUACGGUAGCUAUCGAAGGAAACACGCUGACGCUUGGGCAAACACGCUCCAUUUUGGAAUCUGGCGUGGCCGUGGCUGGGAAGAGUAUUCAUGAACACAAUGAAGUAAUUGGAAUGGACGCUGCGCUUAGGUUUCUCAAUCAUUCCCUUCUCCACAUGAGCGAAAUCACUUUGGACGACAUUCUGGAAAUGCACAGAAGAGUUUUGGGCAACGCAAAUCCCAUCGAUGCAGGACGUAUUCGAACCACUCAGGUAUAUGUCGGGCAUUUUACUCCUGUGGGCCCUGAAUAUGUUAAGGAGCAGCUUGAUGAGCUUGUUAAUUGGCUCAGAGAUCCCUCGACGAUGGAACUGGAUCCAGUUGAGAGAGCUGCUAUUGCACAUUAUAAGCUU